ACACUUCUCCUUUCACCUACAAGCUCUUAAAAUAUAUCUAUCAUGGGGAAAAAGAAGAGGACUCAGGUGUUCGUGCUCAAGCCCUGGUGCUGGUAUUGCGAGAGAGAGUUUGAAGAUGAGAAAGUCCUUUUACAGCACCAAAAGUCGAAACACUUCAAGUGUCAGAUGUGCCCGAGGAAGCUGAAUACUGCCGGUGGUCUCAUGGUCCACAGUCAGCAGGUGCACAAAUGCGAGCCUGAACCUUUGACCAACACUCUACCUGGUCGAGAUGGAUACGAUAUCGAGAUCUUUGGCAUGGAGGGCAUUCCUACCAAUGCGUUGGCCGAAUGGAGAGCGAGGAAGGAGGCAGAAGCGGGCACUGCUGCACUGGCUGCUACAGCGAAUGGCAAGCGCAUCAGACAUUCCUAUAACGUCAUCCCUGAGGCGGACCUCAUCGCCGCUCUGGCUCAACACAAAGCCUUGAUGGCUGCCAGAAAUAAUCCUGGCAGCGUCUUUCCUCCUUUCCCCGGCUCAUUCCCUAUUGGUAUACCGCCGCCCAACCCGACCUUGAACCGGUUCCCUGGCGAGAUGCCUAUGCCCCCACCCACAUUGCCCACUGGCAUGCCUCCAUCCAUGUAUCCUCCUCCGCCAGGUUUCCAGCCUCCGAUGGCUCAGAACGGAAUAUCGGGUGUUGCACCGCCGCCAACGUUCGUUCCUCAAUCAAACGAGGCCACGAAAGUACUCACAACCUCUGACGUCGUGGUGGAACCCCCGAAGGAUGGAGUCAUGUGGCCAGAUGUGACUGCCUCACCGGCCGAGAAGCGGGCACAGCAAGCUCGAUACCGGUAUCAGUCGCCUCCUCCUGGAUCAGCAGAAAGCGCAGAGUCUUUCGAAGCAGCAUCUAGAAAGCGCAAAGCCGCCGCGGAUUUCCUGUAGUCUUAAGUUCGGGACAAAUGCAUCACGAAUCUGUAUGAACACGGU